UCCUUUCUUUCUUCCACAUACUCGCACAGUCACAUUCACAUACAGAGGACAGAGAAAGUGAAGAUUCUUCGUUUUCAUUAACCAUGGCUCUAAACUUGCGAACUCCAUUUCUUCUCUCUUAUUCUUGCUCUCCUUUUCUCUCUCCUCCAUGCAAUUCUCACCAUAAAAACAUGUUUCUUCUGCUUCUUCGGAACAAUCUCGAACCUUCUUCUUCUUCUCUCUCUUUCUGGAAUUCUUCCGCCAUUUCUGUUUCUGUCCGAGCUUCUGCUAGCGAAACUCGAAACGACGUCGCAGAUGAUGAAGAUGAAGAAGGAGAAGGAGAAGGAGAAGGAGAAGGAGAGAAGUUAGUGUUGGACGAUGAGUUGAUUAGUCGAGCGUCAAGUUUGAAAGAUGCGAGCGAAGUUCUCCAACUGAUUUCUGACAACAAAAAUGGCGGAAAAGGAGGUUUCGUUAGUUGUGCUGAUUGUUGUAAAAUCAUUAGCGCUGCUCUUUUGUGCAACAAUUCUGAUUUAGCGUUGUCUAUCUUCGCUGCUAUGCGUUCUUCCGCUUUCGAUCGAGUCUUAAAGGAGAAUGCUGGCAUUGUUGCAAGAUGGAAAUGGUCAAGGCCGGAUUUGAACACAUACACAACGUUAGUCAUUGGUUUAGCUGCUUCAUUGAGGGUGACUGAUGCGCUUAAAAUGGUCGAAGAUAUUUGUCGAGUUGGACUUUCUUUUGGAGACGAGGUUCCUUUUGGUAAGAUAAUCAAAUGCCCAACUUGUAUGGUAGCUGUUGCCGUUGCACAACCCCAACAGGGUAUUCAAGUAGUAUGCUGUGCAAAAUGCCGCUAUCAGUACGAACUUGUUUCUGGUGAUAUAGUCAAUAUUCAGUCGGAAGAAAUCAGCAUGGAUGUUCCAGCUUGGAGAAGGUGGCUGGGAUUUCUUCAAAUGACUAAGCAAACUAUUCCCUCUGCUGUUCAUUCAAUUGUGAUCCAAACCCCUUCUGGAGCUGCUCGUACGCACAAAUUUGCAACAGAAACACCUGAUGUGCCUGCACAGGAAGGAGAGAGAGUUACUAUAGCUCUAGCAGCUCCAUCAAGCGUGUUCAGCAUGGUUGGCCCCUUCAGAUUUAGUCCGAAAGCCCCCAAGUACUACCCUUCAGAACCUCUUUGCUUGACUAACCAUCAAGAUGGCCGGGAAUCUGGUCUUCUCAGAGCUCCUUCUACAAAUAACAAGCCUUCUUUGCUUAACCCAAACCUUGUCCUUCCACUUCUUGUUUUACUGGCCUCUGGAGAUGCUGCUUCUGGUUUUAUUAACCCCAGCUUGCCUCAGCUUUUGCCAGCUGCUGCUGCAGCUUCUCUUGCUGUGGGUGCCACCUUAAACACCAUGGUCUUGCCACAGUUGGGCCAGCUGCCUCAGAGGACGGCAGAUACAAUUGCUAUCAAGCAGCAACUUCUUGCACAGUAUGAUAUGCUACAGUCUCGCAUCAACGGUCUUAGAGAUGCUGCUAAAAAUGAGGUAUGGAUGCUGGCUCGAAUCUGCCAGUUGGAGAACAAAAUUUUUGCUGUUGGUGAACCUUCUUACCGUGCUAGAAGAACUAGAAUCAAAAGGGUGCGUGAAGGCCUUGAAAUUUCUCUCAGAGGACGGAUGGAGCUCAUCGAUAGCUAUGCCAGAAUUUCUUCAAUGAUAGAAAUUGAAGUGGAAAUGGACACCAAUGUUCUAGCAGCCGAAGCUUCUAGUAAUACGGAAAAUAUUGCGAAACAAAUAGAGCAAAUUAUGGAGUUGGAAAAUCUUGAAGAGAGAUGGAGACAGCAAGUUGAGGCAAAUGACGAGGUUGAAAGGCUUUUAAAUAGUGAAUCACUAUCCUCAGAACAGGUCUGAAUCAAGUUGGAACUCUUCACAUCACUACUAUUACCUUCAGACAUAGUGCGCAUACGGCGUUUCUUCUGAUGAAUGAAGAGACGUGAUCUGACAUUGAGGUGCCUGAAUAUAUAUCAAAUUUAGAUGUACAGCAGGGCCAGUUUCUCACUGUAUUUUCGUAUGGUUGCAUUAAUUAUGUAAAUCAGAAUCACAUUUAUUUGCGCUAGAGCUUUGAAUUGUGCAUCAGUAUAGUUUGUAAGCUCCUCUAUGUACAAACUCUGGCAUUGAUUUCUAAAUGUUACUAGUUAGAUGUUUUCCGCUGGAA